AUGUCUUCAAAACACCUUUCUCGUCUACUCCUACGCCCAUCCAGACCGGUCGUGGCCUCCGGAGCUCGUCCCUUGCGGGGCCCCGCAUGGAGUCGACAACAUUCAACAAAGCAUCCGAAAGGCUUUGUACCGCCGACAGAUGAUGAUUUGAUACAGUUACGGGAGAGUGUACAAGAUUUUUCGCGUCGCGAGAUACCAGAAGAGGUUGCGGCGCGGACCGAUCAACAGAAUGAAUUCCCGGCUGAGAUGUGGAAGAAGUUUGGAGAAGCUGGCUUCCUCGGCGUCACGGCAGACGAGGAAUAUGGCGGUCUGGCUAUGGGUUAUCAAGCGCAUUGCACGGUCCUGGAGGAAAUUAGCAGAGCUUCAGGAAGUAUUGGCCUCUCCUACGCGGCACAUUCACAACUAUGCGUCAAUCAACUAUCACUAAACGCCAACGCCGAACAAAAAGCAAAAUACCUUCCUGGACUCAUCUCCGGAGACAAAGUCGGCGCUCUAGCCAUGUCGGAGCAUUCCGCUGGAUCAGAUGUUGUUAGCAUGAAGACCACCGCCAAAGCUGUGGAUGGAGGAUGGCUACUCAAUGGGACAAAGAUGUGGAUUACAAAUGGCCCAGAUGCAGAUUACAUCGUAGUCUACGCCAAAACCGAACCCGAGAAGGCCUCCAAGGGUAUCUCCGCAUUCAUCGUGGAAAAGACAUUCAAGGGAUUCUCAUGUGCACGCAAGCUCGACAAGCUCGGUAUGCGUGGCUCGAAUACUGGCGAGCUCGUCUUUGAGGAUGUCUUCAUUCCCAAAGAGAAUUUGCUAGGCGAACUCAACCGUGGCGUCAAAGUGCUCAUGGAAGGACUGGACUUGGAGCGUCUCGUUUUGAGCGCCGGCCCACUUGGAAUUAUGCAAUCAGCCCUCGACCUCGUUCUACCAUACACCCACACCAGGAAACAAUUCAACACCCCUAUUGCACACAACCAAUUAAUUCAAGGAAAACUAGCGGACAUGUACACCAAACUCGCCGCCUCGCGCGCCUACACCUAUGCAACCGCAAAGUCCAUCGACGAGUCUAGCGCCGCACCAUCCGGCACGUUGAUCAGAACACAGGAUUGUGCAGGCGCAAUCUUGUAUGCGGCAGAACGCGCGACGGAGUGUGCGCUAGACGCUAUUCAGCUUAUGGGCGGGAAUGGGUAUAUUAAUGAGAUUCCGGCGGGGAGGUUGUUGAGGGAUGCCAAGUUGUAUGAGAUUGGGGCUGGGACGAGUGAGAUUAGGAGGAUGGUUAUUGGACGGGCGUUUAAUAAGGAGUAUGCUUAA